AUGGUGAAUGCUAUAACAGAAUUUAGUUGUAACCCAGAAGAGGGUAUAACUUUUUUGGCGUACUUCAGAAGAUAUGAAGAAACCUUCAAGGACGAAUGCAAGUGUUGGACAGAUGAUGAAAAAGUGAAACUACUGUUACAGGAACUAGAUGCUUCAGAACAUGGAAAAUACUGCAAUUUUAUCUUGUCUAAAAAAACAAGUGAAAUUUGUUUUGAGGAAACAAUUGAAUUGCUAUCCAAAAUGUUCAGUGAUAAGAGUUCCUUGUUUAACACUCACUGGGAGUGUUUGAACUUAGUAAAAGAGGAGGAUGAAGAUUUUGUUAUUUAUAUCAGAAUUGUAAAUAAAAUGUGCGGAAAAUUUAAACUGAAGGAAUUAUCUCCUGACAUAUUUAAAUGCCUCAUUUUUGUGCAAGGUUUGAUGGCAAACAAAGAUGCAGAAAUACAUGCACAGAUUCUUACAAAACUAGAACAGGAGGAUCAGAAUUUAAGCCUGCAUGCAGUAGCAGAGGAAUGUCAAAGAAUUAUCAACUUGCGACAGGAUGUAAAGAAAAUUAAAGGAAAAAAGUUUUCUCAAGUACAGACAUGUCGACUGGAAAUAAAGAAUGUUAUGAUCGAAUCCAUGCCAUGGAUGUGGAGGUCUGCAUUAUAA